CUCAUAGAUCUACACAUGACAAUGGGCAUGGACAUGAACAUGGGUAUGCCUUCCGCGCCUUCCUCCGCAUCGAUGACAAUGGCAAACACCUUCUCCACCUCCACUCGCGUGACCCUUUGGUUCACAGACUGGGUGACAGAGACCCCAUCCACCUACGCGCUUACACUCAUCUUCCUCUUCGCGCUGGGAAUGUUGAAUCGGUUCCUCGCUGCACUGAAGACGCAGCUGGAAAGACGAUGGGGAGAUCAAGAAGCACGGCAUAGAGCUGAGCAUGCCAACGAGGAGCUCGAACCUUUGAGCCCAGUACCAGAGGGAAUGGGAAGAAAUGUGAGAGAUGUGGAGGAGAAAGUUGGAGGUACAGGGAGGAGAGGCGGGAUACAAGGUUUUUGGGUUGCGAAUGCGAGGUGGAGUGCGAAGAGGGAUGGCGUGAGAGCGCUUUUCGAGUUUACAAGAGCGGUAGUGGGAUAUAUUCUGAUGCUUGCAGUCAUGACUUAUAACGUGGGAUUCUUCUUUGCGGUUACUGGAAGUGUGUUAUUGGGUGAGUUGGUUUUCGGGAGGUUUACAAAUUCGCAGAGUGGAUGGCAGGAAGGGGGGUGCCAUGAGUGAG